AAGCAGCAUAUACCCACGAUCAAUCUCGACCAAUUUGUUGGGCAUAGCAAGGAUGAGUUCUCAAUCUUCGCGGCUACAGAGCGUGCCCGAGUUCAUCGAGACAACACCAACCGAAUCCCUCCAAUCUCGCACAGACUCCCUCGCCUCCUUCGGCUCCCUUGGUCCCCCUGACCUCGUCCACCUCAACAAAAUCCACCUCAAGUCCCAAUUGCGACAAGGAUCUUACCAUUUCGUGAGCGGAGUCGAUGCGUCGAGUUCUGCGUCCAUUGCGGCGUAUAUGAACUUGUUGACGUAUGAUUUGGGACGGAGUGAGGGGUGGUUCUCGGGUGGGAAGCAGACUUGGAAGAUCGAGAGUGGGACUUAUUGUUGUUACAAUGCGUUCUCCCGCGUCGACCUUCGCGUAGAUGUCAGAAUACCUGGAAGCGUCGAAUCCUAUGCCGUGGACUCCCGUGGCCAAAAACUCGAAGCGACGGCGGAUCUGUGGACAGAAGCUUACUUGUGCGGAGUCAUCCGCGCCCUCCUCUACUCCGACGAAGAAGCCUACAAAAUUGUUGGCUACCGCAAACUCAACCCGGUCGACGGCAUCGAAGCCGAACAGAAGUUCCUCGAUGUCGCCGAGAAGUUGUUUUUCAAGGCUUGGACGUUGGGAAGCGAGCCAGAAGUCCAGAUCGCGAACUCGAUUACGAAUUAUUUGGUUAGCGCUUUACUCAAGUACGGCGAGAUGAGCGGACAGUAUUCCUCCCUCGUAAACCUGUUCGAAAAACUCCGAACGCGGGAUCCAGAAGUCGCAGCCCUCCUCGCAAAAACAUACAUUGACAUGGACGAAGAAGUCCGCGCCAUAAAACUCCUGCACGAGACUAUGCAACAACUCCCGAACUCUCACCAACUCCUCAACGUACAAGCUCAAUUCCUCGUCAAGAAGGACCGGCGUGACCUCGCUCUCCUCUGCGCAAAACGCGCGGUGAAUAACGCACCGAGUGAGUUCACAACUUGGGCACGAUUGACAGAGAUUUAUAUCUCAUUGGGCGACUACGAAUCCGCACUCCUAACCCUCAACAGCUGUCCGAUGUUCACCUACCACGAACGUGACGCCCACCGGAUGCCACCCCCCGCCCGGCAACACAUGCCCGUACCCUCCGAAACCCUCCUCGACGAACUCGCCGAGCGGGAUCCGAAAGCAAACGAGGUCGCGGAUGCGGCGUUGUUACGACUUCCGGCACCGGGGUUGCGGGGAACGUUCAUGGGCGCUUAUGGUUUAUUGACGAAGUUGGUUGGGAAGAUUGGAUGGGAUGAGUUGUUGAGGACGAGGAGUACGGUUUUCGUGAUGGAGGAGGAGUAUCGGCAUCAAAAGGAGGAGCCGGCGCCUGGGGAUAGUGGGGUAGGGGAGGGAGAAGGGGAGGGCGUGGGAGAGGGUGUAGAGAAUGGGGAGGAAGGUGGAUUUGUGCCCGGUAUUCCUACGAUUAAUAUCCACGAACCUACGGAUGGAGAAGCGACACCAGAAAACGGCGAAGUCGCCGAGGAGAGCGGGAAAGACAAGAAAUUGAAAAAGUCGCCCUUCCAGCACAAACGCCUUUGCGAACGCUGGCUCGACAACCUCUUCAUGGUCCUCUACGAGGACCUUCGCGUCUACACCAUCUGGCGCGCCGAAAUCACCCAUUUCCGCCAACAACAACUCACGUAUCGCAAAACCGCUGCCGAAUGGGAAAUCUUGGGUGAUUUGGCGGCGAGACUCCAGCAUAGGCCGGAGAGUGUCGAGGCAUAUCAGAAGUGUUUGGAGACGAAGUAUAGUCCGAAGGCGUGGAGAGCGUUGUUGCAGUGGCAGUUGGAGAGGGGGGAGUGGAAUCGGGCUGUGGUUAGUGUGAUGAAGUUGGCGGUGUGGAGUGCGAGGUGGUAUACUGAGUUCUCCCCCGAUUUGAUCCGAGCGUUCCGAUUGAUCGUUGCGGCGGAAGGAGCAACGAAGGUCAACAGUGUCCUCAGUGCGAUGAAUUUGCCGAAGGAUAUCCGGACGUUUCUCAACAAUUGUGAUUUGUCGAGGCAGUAUAAGAGUGUUGGGCAUGACAUGUAGCAGCUCGAGCUUCGACAGUACAAAUCUUGGGAGAGAUCAUUUUUAUCAAAUAUACCAGAUACAUGU